UUGAAUGAAGCAUGUUGGAGAGGAUUAAAAGAUGAAGUACAACGAUUGAUUAACAAGACUGGCCUUCAGGAAAGAGGUAAAAAUGGAUGGAGUCCACCAUUAGCUGCUUCAUAUGGUGGCCACAUUGAUGUCCUCUGUCUCCUCAUUGAUGUUUAUCAUUGUGAUCCUUCACAAGAAUUCUCCAACUAAAAAGAGUCCAGACUCACUAGUGAAGUACAUGGUUGAUGUAGCAAUGGGAAUGCACUACAUAGCAGAGAGAGGACUAGUCCACAGAGAUCUAGCAGCUCGUAAUGUACUAGUAGGACUUGGUGAAAUAUGUAAAGUAGCUGAUUUUGGACUUUUAAGAGAACGACCUGAAGAUGAAUCAGUCUACGUGAGCUCUUCUAACAUACCUUGUCCUAUAAGAUGGAUGCCUCCUGAAGCUAUUUCAAAGAGAUCGUUCUCACCCAGCAAAAAAAUCUUACGUAAGAUCUUACUUAAGAUCUUAUGAAACCUUACAAAUGAUCUUGCAUGUUUAAUCAUGCCUGUUCUUGCAAGAUCAUUAGACAAGAAGUUCCAAAAUCUUGCCAAGAUCUUAUGAUAAAUCUUGCCAAGAUCUUAUGAUAAGUCUUACAUGAUCAGGCAUGGUCUGACGAUUAAUCUUACAUUAUCAGUCAAGAUCAGGCACUAAAUCUUACAUGAUCAGUCAAGAUCAGGAACUAAAUCUUACAUGAUCAGGCAAGAUCAGGAAUGAAAUCUUACAUGAUCAGUCAAGAUCAGGAACU